AUGAACGGACGUUCUUUGCGGAUCAAGACUAAAGCAAAAACUCCGCUCUUCUUCAGAAGAAGGAUCAUCGUACUAUUGGGGAUAUUGGCGUUAGUGUCCUUCUCGGUAUAUCAGUUUGGAGGACCCUCUAAUUCUACCAUUCAAAUUGUGGAAUCUGGAGUCAAACAACCCAGUGAAGAAGAAGAAUAUAUUAACGACUCAAUAAAGGAGUUGGACGAAGAACUUGGAGUCGAGUUACAGGAGACAGUAUUUGACUACGAACGAUCUAACGCUACUUUUUUCACUUUGGCAAGAAAUGAUGACCUCAAAGGUAUUCUUAGUGCCAUCAGAAGUGUGGAAGAACGGUUCAACCAUAACUAUCAUUACGACUGGGUGUUUGCCAAUGAUGAAACAUUCACUCAAGAAUUUAUCCAGUUAACUUCAGGGGCGGUAUCAGGAAAUCCUACCUAUGUCAAGAUCCCAAAAGAAUUCUGGAGUUAUCCAUCUUGGAUAGAUCAAGAUUUGGCCGCUGAUGUUCGAGACCAAAUGGAGGCUGAUAAUAUCAAAUAUGGGAAUCUGGAAUCCUAUAGACACAUGUGUCGAUUUAAUUCUGGGUUUUUCUAUAAGCUUCCAGCAAUGCAAAAGUAUAGGUACUAUUGGAGAGUGGAACCAGACAUUCUGUUCAACUGUAAUAUCGACUAUGAUCUCUUCAAAUACAUGGAAAGCAAUAAUAAAGUAUAUGGCUUUACCAUGGCACCUUACGAAAUCCAUACAACGGUACUUAGCUUGUGGUCGGUGGUCCAGAAUUUUACCACCUCUUACCCCCAAUAUGUUUCAGAUGACAAUAACUCCGAGCUUUUAACAGACGAUGAAGGUGAAACUUUCAAUAUGUGUCAUUUCUGGAGUAAUUUUGAGAUUGGUGAUAUGGAUUUUUACAGAACUGAAGCGUAUGAAGAUUUUUUCGAGUAUAUUGACUACUCGGGAGGAAUUUAUUACGAAAGAUGGGGUGAUGCUCCUAUUCAUACUAUGGCAGCAGCAUUCCUUUUGGAUAAGGAUCAAGUCCAUUAUGUUGAUAAUACUGGGUAUUAUCACUCGCCAAAUGGCCAGUGUCCGAUAAAUGCAGAAAUCAGAGAAAAAUUGGAAUGUGAUUGCUCACCAGAAUAUGAUUAUAACUGGCUGGAUGAUAGCUGCAUUCCUUUGUAUUACGAAAUUAACAAUAUGGAAAUGCCUGAUGAAGUCAGCGGCUUUAGUGGCUUGAAAACCCACAAAUAUGGGAAAGAGAAUUCUAAUCCUAUUGUCAAAGCAGGAUUCGAUGUUAUAUCUUAG